GCACGGCACGGGAAAUACACAAAAUUGGAAUUUGGAAUCAUCACACAUUUUGCAUUUUAUGAUAUCACCGUUUUGACAGCUCGGCAACUUUUCCGGAAAAUAUUGUUGUUUUUCAUUAAAAAAUAAAACUUAAUGGAUUGGUUUAGAAAAUAUGCUAACUGAAGAACUACAAUUUACAGCGAAUCCUCCGAUAAGAUAGUAGUUUGUAGAAUGGGGAUGAAUGGUGGCACCAGCAAUUUGAGUCGUCUUCUGGCUGACAGUGCUAUACUCAAUCGGGGAACAGAAGACGAACUGCAUUGCUAUGGUUACCAAGAGGACAAAGUAAAGAAGUUUUUUUUCCUAUUUCUGGUAGUUGUAACAUUUGGAUUAAUUCUGUUAUUACUGUACUGGAAACCAGAGCUGGAAUGCUAUCUCAAGAAGUCAAAAUGUGCCCUAUAUAAAGCUGAUACAGUUCUUCUAGAGGACCAUUUUCAGCAGAAAUACGUGUGCCCGAUUAAAACGUUCAACCUCGAAGAGGAAUUAUCAGAGUUCAGUGAUGCCUACAACAGAGAUGAAAGUUCACCUGAAAAUCAGACUGAUGUUGAUGAUGUAGCUAACCUCACUGUUCAACAGCCGGAUCCAAUCAUAUGCUACUUCGACUUCCAACAUGUGAGAUAUAUCUGGAGUAAGCAGUUAAAGACAUACACACGGCUUCUGGACCUGUCAGCUAACACGAAAUGUGGAGAGUUUCAUGAGAAAUACAAGGGCCUCAGUGUGUUACAGCAAGCCCAUAGACGUGUGGUUUAUGGAGAAAAUUCUAUUGAGGUUGAAGUGAAAUCCUACUGGAGAUUAUUGAUAGAAGAGGUACUGAACCCAUUCUAUAUAUUCCAAAUAGCAAGUAUAAUCCUGUGGUCCCUAGAUUCCUAUUACUACUAUGCAGCCUGUAUAUUCCUCAUCUCUUGUAUAUCCAUGGGCGUGUCACUGUAUGAAACUAAACGGCAAAUGAUAACCCUACACAACAUGGUGAGCACAGCUGCUACAUCAGUGAUGGUUGUUAGGGAAGAUGGUACCUAUGACAACGUUCCGGUAACAGACCUAGUUCCUGGAGAUGUGAUAGUUAUACCAUCACAUGGAUGUACGAUGACAUGCGAUGCUGUCCUGAUGGCGGGAACUUGCAUUGUGAAUGAGAGCAUGCUUACAGGUGAAAGUGUCCCCAUUACAAAGACACCGUUACACCAGUGUGAAGAUGAAGAGAUUUAUUCCGCAGAACAACACAAACGUCACACGUUGUUUUCUGGCACAAAGGUCAUACAGACACGAUAUUAUGGGCAGUACAAAGUUCUGGCUGUAGUUAUAAGAACAGGUUUUAGCACUGCUAAGGGUGAGCUUGUACGAGCAAUACUGUUCCCUAAGCCACUGGGCUUCAAGUUUUACCAGGAUGCUAUGAGAUUUAUCAUGUUUCUAGCUGUAGUUGCCUUCUUUGGAAUGUGUUACAGCAUUGCUCAGUAUAUCAGACUGAAGGCAUCACCAGAAAGGAUAAUCCUUCGUGUGUUAGACAUCAUUACAAUAAUUGUCCCCCCUGCCCUACCAGCAGCCAUGACAGUUGGCACAGUGUAUGCUCAAAAUAGAUUGAAAAAGAAACAGAUCUACUGCAUAAGUCCACCAAGAAUCAACUUCUGUGGAAGGUUGAACCUUCUGUGUUUUGAUAAGACUGGAACUUUAACAGAGGAUGGCCUUGACCUAGGGAAAGUUAUACCAGUAAAAGAUAAAAGUUUCAGACAUGGAAUCACUGAUCCCAGUCAGAUGGAGAGAGGGGAGUUUUUGGUUGGCAUGGCAACCUGUCACUCCCUGACAAUCAUCGAUGGAGAAAUCUCUGGAGAUCCGAUGGAUGUUAUAAUGUUCAAUGCCACAAAAUGGACUUUAGAGGAACCAGGCAGGGAUACCAGUAAAUUUGACACCAUCAUGCCAACUGUUGUACGUCCUGCCACAAAAGAUACUUUCAUGCCUGAUGAGGAUCUAGGAGACGCAACGCAAUAUGAAGUUGGAAUUGUGAGACAGUUUACAUUUUCCUCCAGUUUGAAGCGUAUGAGUGUUAUAACACGCACUCUGGGAAAGAGCAAUAUGGAAGUUUAUUGUAAGGGUGCAGUGGAGACAGUAUGUCAGCUGUGUAAACAAGAUACGGUUCCAGAGGAUAUAGAUCAUGUGUUACAUCAGUAUGCUGUCCAGGGUUUCAGAGUUAUUGGACUUGCUUGUCGUUCCCUUGAUCCUAAAAUUACCUGGCACCAGGCACAGAGACUGUCAAGGGAUAAAGUAGAAUGUGAUAUGACAUUUCUUGGAUUGAUAGUGAUGCAGAACAAACUGAAGAGAGAAACUAAACCUGUGAUAAAGACGUUACUGGCUGCCAACCUUCGCUGUGUUAUGAUCACUGGGGAUAUGAUCACAACUGCAAUUUGUGUGGCACGUAACUGCGGGAUGGUGGGAACUCGAGACCGUGUUGUAAUUGUAGAAGCGCAUAAACCUGAGAACAAUGAGCAGGCAAGGAUAGAGUGGGAGCUGUCCGACAUGAAUGUCGACUCGAGUCCUGACACUUCCGAUUUUGACAACGAGGAAACACCAUUUUUAACAUCUUCCCUGUAUGAUAAGUUCUCAACGGAUUUUAAGGGUUAUAAAUACUAUGCUGCCAAACAGGUGACGGCUCGUGUUCCAAUUGAUGAAGUACAAACCCAUUUAGCAAUAACUGGAAAAUCAUUUGCUGUAAUUGAGAAGUACUUCCCUCAUCUGUUACCAAGAAUAUGUGUACAGGGGACAAUAUUCGCUCGUAUGUUACCAGACCAAAAAUGCCAGCUUAUACAGAAACAACAAGAACUCGGUUACAUAGUUGGUAUGUGUGGAGAUGGUGCAAAUGAUUGUGAGGCCCUGAAGGCAGCACAUGCAGGAAUUUCCCUGUCUGAGGCAGAGGCAUCGGUAGCAGCCCCCUUCACGUCCAGGGUUAACCAUAUAGAAUGUGUAGUCACCUUAAUCAGGGAAGGCAGGGGAGCCUUGGUCACAUCGUUUGGUUGUUUUAAAUACAUGGCCUUGUACAGUUUCAUACAGUUUAUAUCUGUGAUGAUUUUAUAUACUUAUGGUGUAAACCUUGGUGAUAUGCAGUUUUUGUACAUAGAUCUCGUAAUUACUACCACUAUAGCAGUACUCAUGGGCUAUACACAGUCUUAUGAGCGUCUGUCUGUGAGGAGACCAGAGGGAUCCCUGGUGAAAGCCUCUAACAUAUUGUCUAUACUUCUACAAGUGUUCUGUGCUGCACUCUUCCAGACUGCUGCUCUCAUAUACCUGAAAAGUCAAGCAUGGUAUGUUGAAGUGGAGCCUGAAGGAGGUGAGACGAUGAAAAGUUGGGAGAGCACAGUGAUAUUCAUUGCCUCAUCAUUUCAAUAUAUAGUUGUUGCCUUUGUCUUUUCCAAGGGACCACCAUUCAGGAAGCCUAUAUAUACAAAUAUUCCAUAUCUAACAAGUCUACUGUUGCUAACUGCAUUUUCUGCCUGCUUAGUCAUGGUACCAUGGAAACCAUUCAUGGAAUUCUUUACACUGAUGAGACUGGAUGAGAAGCCUGUAAUUUUCCGAGGACUUCUUCUAACGAUUGUUGCAGCACAUUUUGUUGUUGCAGUUAUGGUAGAGUACUUUGUCACGGAUAACCAGACGAUGAAAUCCUGUAUGAAACGCUGUGUUAGAUGUGUACGGCCGAAGAAAUCAGCGUCUGCAUACAAGAAGAUAGGGCUGGAACUGUUGACAGCUGAUUGGCCGCCUGUUGGUCAGGUGACAUAUGCGCCCACUGUGUGUGAUAGUUUGGACACUACCAGUAUAAUGCUGGAUAACAUUCCAUUAGCAGACUCUAUAAACAGAUGACAGAGGCUUCAGUACCGUUUACAUUUGCCUGUUGGGACACAACUUUAUUUACCAAAAGAAACAUUACCUGAAAAAUGUUUUAAGAUGUAUGCAAAAAAUCUUCUUGAUGAACAUAUAGUGUAAACUGUCUCAAAAUACUUGCUACAGGUUGAACUUUAUACUACAAAUAGACAUCACAUUGAUACUAUCACAUAAUUCUUUCUACAAUAUUCAUUAUAUGACUGAGAAACCUAUUGGACAAUUCAUUUAAUGCUUAUAAAAUGUUGUAGGGAGUGAUAAUUGUAUUCCUGACAGGAAAUACGAGGGAUAUAUUAUUAGCUUACACAUUAUGUAAGAAAGGACACAGCUCUGUAUCAUACUUCAAAUGAUUAUCUUUUUGUAAACCCUGCACUGUAUAAUUAUGAAAUGUAAAGGGUUGUUUUUAUGAUUUGGUUGUUUAACUUAGGUUUUAACAUAUAGUAAUUAUUAAUAUCAGUUGACCGUGUACAUUAUUUCAGGUUAAAUUAGGUCUUAACAUUGAGGGGUUAAUGCACUUACGACCUCAUUCCCAUUCUCAUACAUGUAGUCAUACCAAUUAACUAUGUACACUUGAUGAGUUCAGGUUUAAGUUAGGUCUUAGCUUGGCCAGUGGAACCUAGUUUUGAAUGUUUGAAUAAAUUAAAACAAGGUUUAGCUCAUUUUUUUUUUGCUAUUUCCAUUCUAAUUUGUCUGAGAUAUAUAAAAAAAGUUGUUCAAAUAUGGUAGCACUAUAAAUAGAUCAUCAUGGUGUAAAAGAAACAUGGUAUGUCAUAUUAGAUCCUGGGAUAAGUAGUAUAUAGGUAAAGGGUCCAUUUGUAGAAACUCUAGCUUUAAUCAUUGUAUUCAUUUUCUGUCACACUUUCGUUUAGAUAAAAAGAUUUAAAGCAUUGUCAUUUGUUCAAAAAAUGCUGGAAACAUCAUAGAAUGUACAUAUUUUUAGGGGAGAGGUUUGACCCUUUUUUUUAUAAUUUUUAAGCAAGACGGGUCCAUAUACUAGUCUGAAGAUAGUAAAAAGUUUCUGUAUUCAAGACAUUAAAAGGAAAAAUAAUACAUAAUUCAUGUGGUUAUAUAUAUUUAAGUUUAUGGAACAUAAAAUUGUGUUGCAUGUUUUGGAACAUGGAAAUUUGUUUCAAACUGUCAUAAAUGUAUUUAUUUAUUUUUAUAAAAAAAAUAUGCUUAAAAUGAAUAUCCAUUCAUAAAGAUGCAAAGUAUUGAACGUCAAAUAUUUCCAAGAGAAAAGUAGGUUUAUCUUGUGAGCCAAAAAUUUAUUGUUAAAAUUAAGAGAGUUGGUAUUAAAUUUGUGUGUAGAUACCUCAUAACUUGUGAAUGAAGAAACAAGAUAGCCUUUAUAAUUUUACCAUGUAGUCUCUUACAAGUUACAGUUGCAUAAUUACAGGUGUUUGAUAUAUUUUCUUGCUCACAAAACAUGCUAGUCUGUAAUUACAUACUUCUAUAUACACAAAGAAAAUUGUACUUGAGUUCUUCUAAGUUGUCAUUCCAACAUUAUGUAUUUAUGUUUUUACAGUAUGUAUAAUUAAAGGUAAAAAUUAUUUGUACAAGCUAAAUGUUUGGGCAUCGUAAAUAUUGUUUUACUGUUAAAGAUUAGAGCACAGAAGUGCUAUUUUAUGAAUUUGAUCGCUGCUUUUAUGUAGCUAAGUAUUUUUAGAUAUUCUUAUCAAAUUGUUACACCAAAUAACCCACCUGGUUAGCCCGCCUGAUUGGCCCGCUAUGUAAGCCUUCAUGGCUACUCCAACUUGUUAGCCCACUUGGUUAACCCACCAGGUUUGCAUGCACAGGUAGCCCACUUGGUGAGCACACUACUUUGAGUUAAUGGGUAAUGAGCUUGAUUCCCUGACAGUGCAUUAUGUUCUCUAUGCUGAUUGACCACAGACAAUUAACAGUUGUAGAAAUUUACAAUCAAUACUAAUACAGAAAUCAGUAUCAGUCUGAAAAUCUCAGAAACACUUUUUCUCAUGGUGCUUUUCUAGAUAAGUAUGUUUUGUGCAUUUGCCACUAUUUAUAGUGUUUGAGUAUAAAUGUUAUAUGUUGUGAUCAAACUAUGCAAUUUUGUCUUCCCUAUGUACUGCAAUAGAACAGGGAUCACUGUGAUCAAAUCUUGUGUUUUUAAUAACCUUUAGCCUGUUGUUGGCAAUUGGUACAGCCUUUGCGACCAGUGCAGACCAAUAUCAACCUGCACAUCCGUGCAAGCUGAUCAUGGUCUGCCUUGUUCACUAUUCAGUCAGUAAAUCUUCAUUGAACACCCCUUCAAAUUAUAAAUGGUACUGCCCAAAUUGAAUGAUGGACCAAUCCAUUUUAGAAAUUUAGCAGGCUAAAGGUUAAAGACUUACAUUGUUAAUUGAGAUCUGCUACAGUGCUAUAUAUUUGAUAUCAUUAUAUCAUUCUUAGAAUACAACCUCCACAUUGGUCAAUUUUAAAACUAUGGUCUCAGAUAACCAAUCAGAUGCUUGUAUUUUAUGACUAGUGACCUCAAGACUCUUAAUUAGGUGAAAUGAAGUCAAUAAUAAAGUAUGAAAGAUUAAAGGUGAAAGGUCUGUGUUCAUGAAAUUGAAGGGCAUUUGUUAAUUUUUAACCGUGAAUUACCAGUUAGUGUAGGUGAUUUGUUUUCCACAAUCUCCACAUGCACUAACUAAGCCUGUAAAGUUUCCUUUUUAACAGAUUUCAACUUUUAUCACAAGUGAUACUGUUUUUCUUUUCAUAUCUUUGUUAUGUAAGAAGUAAUACUUAGCAGAACUAUAUUUUAACAUAUGAUAUUGAAACAGUAGGACAAGGUUAUAAACACUGGCAAAAUAAUUUCACAAGGGCUUAGCCAAGUGGAUUAUACAUGUGGAUUAUAAGUGAUUCAUAUUGUUCAGAUAUAUUAUAUCAAUGGUUCUGCUAUGUAUUACCUUUGAUUUUAAUAUGUCUUUUACAUAAAGAAAUGGAGAAACACUAUUUUAUGGUGCAUGUAUUGCACUAAAAUGUCAACAACUGUGUUUUAACAGUGUUAAGUAUAUGUCUAUUGACUUAUUUUGGGCGCCAAACUAUUUAAUGUGUAUGGUUCAAGUGUAACACCAUUUUGUUAUAUUAUUUCGAUUCUUAAACGUCAUGCAUAUAAAAUGGUAGAUCAAGUGCAGUAACACUUUUUCUUGGUGACUGUAUUUCACCAAUGAUAUAUUUAAUGUAAGGUCAGUUUUCCAUGUUUUAAUGGAAAUGUGCAUGAAUUUUUCAUUUAUGUUAAAGGUUUUAAGAUAUUUAUAAUAAAAAGAUGUACUUCAUAUUAUAUAUAUAUAUAUACACACCAGGUUGUACAGUCCAGCAUGGUUUAGUGAACCACGAUCUUACUAAGUAGAAUAUAAUUUUAUGUGUUUACAAUCAUUACUUGAACAAUGAAUAUCAAUCUAUUUUCUAGGGACUGUAGUGCAAUGUACGUUACUUUUAUUUUAAUUUAUCACUUUAUGUCUAUUUAAUGAAUCUCCUGCAUGUUUGUUUUUCUUAUUGCAUUUAGUUUGAAAAAAGAGAUGGUUAAAUGGAAUCGUAAAUGUUACCAAAUACAACAUGUUGGAAGUACUUUGUAAAUUUUAAUGUAUGCAAAUAUAUUUUUUACCUUGAAUGAAACACACAUUAUGAGCCGUGCCAUGGGAAAACCAACAUAGUGGGUGUGCGACCAGCAUGGAUCCAGACCAGCCUGCGCAUCCGCGCAGUCUGGUCAGGCUCCAUGCUGUUCGCUUUUAAAGCCUAUUGGAAUUGGAGAAACUGUUAGCGAACAGCAUGGAUCCUGACCAGACUGCGCGGAUGCGCAGGCUGGUCUGGAUCCAUGCUGGUCGCACACCCACUAUGUUGGUUUUCCCAUGGCACGGCUCUUAUAGUUUGUUUUAUUUUAUUUGAACUAAAAGAAAUCAUAUUGAAAGAAGAUCUGGCAAUGUAGAUCAGGGAGUAUUAGCAAUAUGAAUGUUGCAAUGCUCAUUUCUGUGUACUAUACAACUUGGAAAUUUGAAACAAGCAUGUAUGUAAAUGAGUGUUGUUUCAAAGAACAAAACAAGGUACAAGUUGCAAAGAAUAAUGCUGCUCACCGUAAUAUUGCAAAUGUUACUAGUAUAUAACCCACCAGUCUACCAUAAUAAUAGAAUGUUAGUUUUAGAAAUUUCUUCACAUCUAUUUUAUUUUUAUUUUUUACAUUGCCUGUGUUGAAUUUGAAACUGUUGUAUGUCUUCAUUUGCUGUUAUGAACAUUCAAAAGUCUUGCAUUCCAUCUUUGCUUAAAGUUUGUUUGUAUGUUUUAUGUGAAAUUUUUAAUUUGGAAGUUAAUGUGUGAUAUGAAUUGACUGCUUUAUGGAAAUACUUAGUUGUGAAUAAAUUUACCAGGUGUUGAUAUGGUUACCGUAGAUACCCAUGUAUAAUGCGCACCCGUGUAUAAUGCGCACCCCCGAUCUAAGUCCAAAAUCCUGGGAAAAAAAAAAAAAAAUUUUUUUUUGGUUAAUUUUUGAGGUGGAUGGAAAACGAAAGUAGAGUUUACAUCGACACCGGUAAUAAAUUUUAUCUCCGCGGCGGAGAGCAGCAUCAGUCUCACGGUACUAUCGAUUUUUGUUUUCUCGAAAAUAAAACCAGUAAAUUAUUGUUAUAUUUGUUGUUUUACCUUUUUUAAUUCACUAUUUUGAAUAAAUAAAUAGCAGCUGAUUCAGUAUUUCGGAAUGGUAUCUUUCAAAAUGACAUGAGCUUCUCAAUUCAAACUGAUAAAUUUACCAGUUGUUGAUAUGGUUAAAAAUGUAGAAUUUUAAUCUGUAUUGAAUACAAUCACUGUAGAAUUAGAUCUUUUUGUGGGACAAAAUUGUGUAUGAAUAAAGAAGUUUUAAGAAUUUUGGUAUUUAUAUUUGCCAAAGUUGUAAAAAAUGCUCAUAAAGGAAUUGAAAUAGUUUUCAUAAAAAUUUUCUUUCGCAAAAUACACCAGAAAGAUAAAUUAGCAAAAGCUGUCCCUUUGAGUAUUUCUGAUUUUAUACUAUUUGGGUAUUGUAAAUAAUUUUACUUAUAUACCUUUCAUGCUCGAUAUGUGAAAUCCAUUUUACAUCUUAGUACACACAUGAUUUUUGUAUUGAUUAUGUUUACAUGAAGUGACAUAGUGAAACCAUUUAUUGUUACUCUUGAACCAUAAAUAGGUAUUUUUCUGUACUUGUUUUGAUUCACCGAGGGUUUUGUUAUAUAGUGUACACAAAUAUAUAAUAUAUAUAUAUAUAUAUGUUUUAAAGUGAAAAUACUGUUCAUUAUCUUGAAGUAAAAGACAGUGUAGUAUAUGCCAAUAAAUUUGAUAAAGAAAUAGAAGAUUUUAGCCCAAAUUUAACUGACUGUCCUAGUCAUUUUUAUUUCUUUUUAUCUUGAUGUAGAAAUACUUUAAUUUUACUUAUGACUGGUUGAAAGAUGAAAGUUGAUACUUCUGACACUUUUGUCUCAAUUUUGCAAGAAAACUUAUGUCUUGUUUUGUACUGUUACAUUUAUCAUGAAAAAGCCAAAAUACUCGUAUGUAUGUUUGUUACAGUACAGAAUUUCAUAGUUAAACAUGUAAUAAUAAAUCUUAGUCAAAGAAUUUAGUUUGAGGUUUAAAUGAAAGAAUUACUGUGAAAUCUUGUAAUUUCAUGGUUUGGACCAAGACCAUUUUUUGAUGAUGCAUGAUUAACCCUGAUCAUGCUGGACAUGGCUGAUUCUGCCUUUGCAACCAGUGUGGAUGUGCAGUCUGAUCAUGAUCUGGACGACGUGCAAUCUGAUUAUGAUUAUCUGCACGGUUUGCUAUUCAGCCAGUAUCUUUUUGGUAAGCACCCCUUUUAUCAGUUAAUGGUACUGUCCAAAUUGGAAGAUGGACAAGUUCAUUAUAGAAAUUUAGCUUGGUAAGGGUUAUACAAUAGGACUUCUAUUUGUUCUUUGGGAUUUAAUUUCGUUGAUUGAAGCAACCACAAAAUCCAUAAAAUUGAGUCCUCCAUGAAUAUUUGUGAUUUCACAAUAUGUGCACGUUGCAUAAUUAAUUGCUAUAACCAUUAUCUUUGAUUGUGAUCUUGUUACCUAGAAAGCAGAGGGAAAAAUUCUUUGAUUUAAAAUUUUUGCCCAGCCUCUAGUGUGUGCCUUUGUGUUCAUUAUUUGAACUUUUUUUAGUGACAAGGCUUUUGAAUAGUUAGGCAAUGCUGUCCUAAAACAAAUCUUACUGCAGGUCUUGGAGUUAGAUAAGAAUCUGUGUCUGGUCUCACAAGCAGUACAAUGUCUGAACAGUUCAGUAGCUUAUUUUUUACUGGUAACAAAUGCAGUUUGUACUAUAUCCUAUCUUAGUUUGUAAAGAUAGUGCAAAAAUUAAGGCCAAAGAUGUUUCCAUGACAGCAAGAGUAAAACUGUAAUAGUGAUAUCAAACAUUGUCAAGUACUCCUUUGUUGAUUAAAGAUAUUAUGUGAUAUAGGGGGUUUAUUGGUAUCAUCAUAUAUGGUGUUGAUAGAAUAAUAAAUUAUUUUUGUGCAAUGUAAAA